AUGGCCCGCCACGAGAGCACCGGCCCCUGGGGCCUAGAGCUGUUCGAGGCCAUCGCCAUCUUCGUCGCCGGGAUCGGCAUGGCCGCCCUGGCCAUAGACGGCUACUGGAGGAACCCCAGCGUCAUCAUCAUCCUCCUAGGUGGUGCCCCCACCAUCGUAUUCUUCGCGAUCGCUGCACGCGUGUGCACAGCUGCCCUUCGCAAAAGGAGAGACGCCCACGGCGCCGGUGGCAACGACGGCGGCGACGUGGAAAGAGGCUUGGACACCGUUGCCGGCCGUCAUCAGCUCGAGCCCGUCGUCUGCCGUUUGCCGCCAACUGCGCUCGCCCAACUCCACGCCAUCUACGCGGAACGGGCACGCUCAGCUCAGGGCGCCGACGACCUCGAGGAAUGCGUCGUCUGCCUCGGCGAAGUGGGGAAAGGAGAGGAAAUGAGGCGGCUGCCGGUCUGCCGGCACGUGUUCCACAAGCAAUGCAUCGAGCGGUGGCUGAUCGAGCGCUCGACGUGCCCGGUAUGUCGUCGCAUCGUGCUCCGCGAGUGCCCGAACACCUGA